AUGCGUUUUAAAAGCCUUGAUGGGAACAAUGAGGACUCUUUCGUAUAUGUUCAGAAACUCGCCAAGGAUACUGUUAGUGUCGGGCCUUUUCCAAGCCAAGCCGGAUGUGAGCUGCUUCUGACUUCAUUGGCGGCGAAACGGAUAGAGGAUGGCACAGGAAGGCUCAUCGAUAGAUAUUGGAUCGACGAUCAGCUCAUCAAGUCUUGGAAGAGUAACUGUGUGGAGCAGCAUGGCGAAACAUGUUCUGAGAUCCUGCUGCCGCAUCUAGCCCGCCCGCGUCUAGCGUGGCUCAUUGAUGUCGCCGAGAAUCGAAUCGUCGACGCCUCCGAAGAAUACGCUUACGUCGCUCUCAGUUAUCUCUGGGGUGGUAAAGACAUGCUGAAACUUACCAAGCAAAACUUGAUGACUCUCCGUCAGCCGAAGGCGUUAUCAGGCGCAAAUCUGCCACAGACAAUUGCGGAUGCCAUAAAAAUUGUGCGUUUACUUGGCGAAAGGUAUCUUUGGGUUGAUGCCCUCUGCAUCAUUCAGGACGACGACGAGACCCGAGACUACCUGAUCACGCACAUGACCUCAGUGUACGCAAACGCUAUUCUUACGAUCGUUGCUGCUGACGGUGCAGAUGCAGACUUCGGAAUUCGGGGGCUGAAGGGUAUAUCCUCCCCUCGGGAUAACCCUUGCGUGCUGGAACUUGGGGAGGGCACCGUUUUGAACAGUCCUGGUGGGUCCGGGAUCGGAGAGAGCCUGUGGAACGACAGAGGCUGGACUUUUCAAGAAUACCUGUUCUCGCGCAGGCGAUUGAUCUUCGUUGGCCAGUCGGUGCGCUGGGAGUGCAGUACUUCCUGCUACUGCGAGGAAUAUACUAAGGCCAAUAUCCUACCCACUGAGGAAUCGUGUUCCCAGUACGAGUCCGAUAACACGCCGAUCCGCCGAGCAUUUCGCCAUCUUCCACCCAAAUUCCCGACCAUGAUAGGGUACGAUACUCUAGUGAGCGGAUAUAAUGGACGGCAGUUAACCUAUAGUGAGGAUGCGGUAGCUGCAUUUUCUGGUGUAAUCAGCGCCCUGGAGCCAUAUUAUCAUGGGGGUUUCUUGUGGGGCUUGCCUGUCAUGUUUCUUGACAUCAGCCUAUUGUGGAGAGCCCGAUUACAUCAGAACUCUGAACCUGGAACCUCUCGCUUUCACCGACGAUCGGACCCCAGACUGCCAGGUAGCAGGUUCCUACAUGCGCCAACCUGGUCGUGGGCAGGUUGGCAAGGACAAGUUGAGUCUGCUUCCACCUGGAGAAAUGAAGAUUGGGUCAUGUUCAGUUUCGAUGAGUGGUUCUAUCACGCAGACCCCAUCAAGCGCGUAAUUCCUCUGAUGAAGUGGUCCAUCUGCGAAGCCAAGGAUGCGCCACCCGUAGAUGUUCCGCUCCAGAACGAGUGGUACAGAUGGAAGAGCCUUUACUUGACAUCCAAGACUCGGGAGGAGCAUUUGCCGUCCGGAUGGACUCGCACGACAAUCGAUUAUCCAGAAGAUGGAAUUUACCCUCUUGACGCCAGUUCGGCCUCGUUUCACGGACGUCUGCCGCGUCUUGAUCGACAUAGAGACAAAUAUCCACCUUCGUGCUAUUUUACGCAUGAGAGUCUCGACUCCAUCAAGUUCUGUCAUCCAAUGCCGCUCCGCAGCGAGGUCAGCCAUGAAGACGCAGUCCGUCGAUCAUCUGGUAGAUAUCUUUGUUGUAAGACGCAGCGGGCGACCUUUUAUAUUGAGCGGCCCGAAGAUGUUUGGAGUUUAGAGACAUCCAAGCUUUCAGUGUGGGAUACACAAAUACGCGCCAGUAGGAUGCAGAGGCAAGAAAGAGACUCUAGCGACGGGUUUCUGGUUGUAGACGACCCGUCGUAUAUAUCGGACGACUUUGGCAGUCAUUCUGCCGCCUCGAUAGCUGUUGAGCUCGUCGCCAUCUCCAUGAUGUACCGAGUACGCAGCGGAAAGCGUUGGGAGGAGCCAAUGGGGAAGGAGAACCCACAGUAUUACAACGUGCUCUGGGUUGAACGAAUAGACGGUAUCUCAUAUCGCAAGGGCGUCGGGGAAGUGCAUCGAUCCGCGUGGGACAAGCAAGCGAGGGAGAAGAUCGAGUUGAUUCUCGGAUAA